AUGCUGUUGGGACGGGUGGACCCGUCGGAGGAGAAAGGCAUGCGCAUCAAAUCGGGCUGCGUGCCUCCUGCAUUUGGAGCAGGCGAGCAGCGACAGGGAGGCGGAGCCGAGAGGAGGGGAAGGCACCGAAGGGGCGGAGCGAAGCGAAGCGAGAAUCCGAAGGGCGAGACAAAGAGCCUGCCGUCGCUGUGCAGAUCGCAGAAGCGUGCUGGGAAGAAAGAGCAGGAGUCCCCCCCCGCCCCAUCUGCCCCCUUGAGUCUGAGAUACGGGGCAAGAGGACGGCAGCGCCACACACACACACACAGAGAUCGCGAGCCCAGCCGGGAAGAUCCGUGGCUGGCUCGUGAAUGCUUUGGAUGGAGAGGAAGGUUCUCCCCCUGUCCUCAGAAGCAGACUGGAGGAUCCAGAGGUCUUUUCUGCUUGGGGCAGAAAUGGCACCGCCUGCCGAGGAGAUCUGUGUUUUGCUGUACGCAUAAGCUCCACUUCCACUGAUCACCCACCCAACCUGAAGGACUCAUUGCUGGUUACUGAACGCUUUGGAUAAAGAGGAAACAGGUGACAGCUGGGAGAGGAAGAAUCCAUUGGAGGAUUGUCACUGUGCCAGGUGUGGGGGGAAAGGGGAAAACACAAGAAUAAAAACUGGAAUAAUAUGGAAGAAUAGGAAUGGAUCUUCUGCUUCACAGGGUGGAAUCAAAAAAAAUAUUGCAGCAGUAAAGGGGAAAAAGCCUGUCCCGUCCCCUCGCAUAGGAAAAAGCUUAGCUUCUGAAACAAGCUUUCAAACUCAGUGGAAAAUGAACGCAGGAGAGAAACCAUAUGAAUGCUUGCAGUGUGGAAAGAGCUUCAGGCGGAGUGGAGCUCUUACUAAUCACCAGAGAACCCACACUGGGGAAAAACCACAUAAAUGCUUGGAGUGUGGAAAAAACUUCACUACGAGAGGAGACCUUCUUGUGCACCAUAGAAUCCACACUGGGGAAAAACCAUAUAAAUGCUUUGAGUGUGGAAAGAGCUUCAGACAGAGUGGAGAUCUUAUUUUACACCAUAGAACCCACACUGGGGAGAAACCUUAUAAAUGCUUUGAGUGUGGAAAGAGCUUCAGUCAGAAUGGAAAUCUUACUAUACAUCGCAGAACCCACACUGGGGAGAAGCCACAUAAAUGCUUGGAGUGUGGAAGGAGCUUCAACCUCCGUGGACAUCUUUCUAUACACAACAGAACCCACACUGGGGAGAAACCAUAUAAAUGCUUGGAGUGUGGAAGAAACUUCACCCGGAGGGAAGUUCUUACUUUACACAUUAGGAUCCACACUGGGGAGAAACCACAUAAGUGCUUGGAAUGUGGUAAGAGCUUCAGCACAAGUGGAGCUCUUACUAGUCAUUAUAGAACCCACACUGGGGAAAAACCAUAUAAAUGCUUGAAGUGUGGAAAGAGCUUCAUCCUCGGUGGACAUCUUACUGCACACUAUAGAACCCACACUGGGGAGAAGCCGUAUAAAUGCAUGGAGUGUGGAAAGAACUUCAGGCAGAAUGCACAUCUUACUUUACACCAUAGAACCCACACUGGGGAGAAACCACAUAAGUGCUUGGAGUGUGGAAAGAGCUUCAGCCAGAGUUCAUCUCUUACUAAACACCAUAGAAUCCACACUGGGGAGAAACCACAAAAUUUUAGAGUGUGGAAAGCACUUCCGCCAGAGUGGACAUCUUACUUUACUCCAUAGAACCCAUACUGGUGAGAAACCACAUAAAGUUUUGUGGCAGAAAUCAUAAUAUGAUUUCCUCAGUUAGUGAAAUAUAAAACCUCGUGAAAUGUCUUUCUUAAAAAAUUUGACUUGCCAUUAUCCUUUUUACCCUGAAGAAAUUUGGCCCGGUGUUUACUGAAUAGUUUUUGUGCCUCUGUUAUGAAUAAAUCUGCAUAAUUGGUGCAAAUAGAUUGAUGGAUAUUAAUGUUUUAA